AUGAAGUCCAGAGCAAUCUUCUUACACCGUUCUCUCCAGGCUAUCCGACGGUCUCUUAAAGGGGAAAAAGAUCCCAAACCCCACCACCACCAUCUCUCCAUCACCCCCAAAUCCGCCAUCGCCAUUCUUCCUCCUAAAAAGGUCAUCAAAGCCCUCUACGACUACCAGCCCGAAUACGGAAACUCCCAGGAACUGGCCUUCAGCAAGGGCGACUUCUUUCACGUCAUCAGCAGGGAGGACGAUCUCGACUGGUACGAAGCUUGCAAUCCCCUCAUCCCUAGUGCAAGGGGGCUGGUUCCCGUGUCCUUUUUCGAGGUUAUCGGCAAAAACGAGCGCGACGGUGGCGGGACAAUCGACCUUCAUAAGCCUCACGACUCCGGUUUCUCUGAUCGAGCCCCCGCCGCGUUUCCCCCUCUGGAUCCCUCCUCUCCCCCUCAGAAGAUCUCGCCGCACCCCGCCUUUCCCAGGAUGUCCACCUUGGGCAAGGCCUCCAGCGCCAUGGUCUAUGGCAUAGUGCAGUAUGACUUCCAGGCCGAGCGACCGGACGAACUGGACGCCAAGGCCGGCGAGGCCAUCAUCGUCAUCGCCCAGUCCAACCCCGAAUGGUUCGUCGCCAAACCCAUCGGCCGUCUGGGCGGUCCCGGCCUCAUUCCCGUCUCCUUCAUCGAACUGCGCGACAUGCAGACCGGCCAGGCCGUGACGGACCCACUGGAGGCCGUCCGACGCGCCGGCGUUCCGAAAGUGGAGGAGUGGAAGAAGAUGACCGCCGAAUACAAGAACAGCAGCAUCACGCUGGGCAAGAUCGAUUCCGCCGCAGCCGCCGCCAACAACAUGCAGUCUGUCACCGCGAAUAUGGACAAGAUGUCCAUGAGCCACCAGAGCAAUGGCCACAUGAGCCAGAACGGCAAUUACUAUAGCUAUCACAAUCGCAAUGCUAGCAAAAAUUCCGUCUCGCACAUGUCCCAACCGCCACAGAGCUACCAACAGCCCCUCGUUGCCCCCGUCGCCGCCUCGAUACCGCGAUAUUGCUUCGAUAACGACAAGUAUUGGUAUAUUAUUGAGGCCAAGAUGGAGGAUGGGCGCUGCUGGGAGCUGUCUCGAUACUACCACGAUUUCUACGACUUCCAGAUCGCCCUUCUGACCCAGUUCGAGGAGGAGGCCGGCAAUCGCGGCCGGCCCCGCACCCUGCCCUUCAUGCCCGGCCCCGUCACCCAUGUCACGGAUGCCAUCUCCAACGGCCGUCGACAGAACCUCGACGAGUACAUCAAAAAGCUUCUUUCCAUGCCGCCGCACAUUUCUCGCUGUCAACUCGUCCGACAGCUCUUUGCACCGCGCCAGGGCGACUUUGAGAUCGACCCGAGCGCGUUCGGCGAGGAUGCGCGGUUCUCCGGCGGCUCGCAUCACUCGUCGGGCCCCGAGGCCUCCCGCAGCGCGUCGCGUCAGUCGUCCCAGGCCCAGAUGAACGCCCCAGAUCGCACCUCCCACCAACGGGGGCAGGCGUCGCUCUCCCAUACCAACGGCGGACCGCCUCCGAUGAACCGCCAACCCAGUUCGAUCACCCAGGUGUCCACCACCUCGAGCAGCGGGGCCAUGAAAGUGAAGGUGUUUUUCCAGGACGAUCUGAUCGCCAUCCGGGUGCCGAGUGACAUCAACGUGCACCAGCUGAAGGAGAAGCUCAUGGACCGGCUGAAGCUGCACGACGACAUCACGGUGCAAUACAAGGACGAGCCGUCGGGCACGUAUGUCGACCUGAUCAGCGACAGUGAUCUUGAUACCGCCAUUCAACGCAACUCCAAACUUACGCUUUAUGUUGGGCUCGCCUAG